AUGAUUCCUGGUUAUAUCAUGUCCAUUCAUUUCGAUCCCCGCCAAGGCCUAUACUACCUUAUGCUCGAUAUGCCCAAAUUCGACAAAUCACUGGUGUGGAAGCGCCCAGGAAUGAUGGAGACUUACCUCACAAGCAUAUACUAUGUGAUGACCUCUGUGAAUGCAGACUUUGAUGCUGUAAGGCAAGGGUCGAUUUCCAAUGUUGAAUGCCAAGGUUACCACAUUGGUUUGAACAUGAUGGAUCAAAUUACCUUUCGCAAAGCAAUGAUUGAGGUUAUCUCGAUGUAUCCCUGCCACGCUGCUGCCAAUCGCUUCUAUCAUUCACCCAUGCUGUUCAACAUCAUGUUGUCCCUUGUCCGUCGAUUCACACCGGCAAGACUCCGCAGCAAAUUUGAGCUGGGGUGCCAAUUCCCCGGUGGCCGUUUGGACAGUGUCUACAUGGUAGGCGAUCCAGAAAAGGCCAAGGAGCACCUGAUUGCCAGAGUGAGCGCAAUUCUUCGUAGAAGAUACGACAAUGAAAAAUCUUUCUCUUUGAGCUCCAACAACAGUUAA